CCCUAUGUUGAACGACAAGUUUCCAGUUUGCCUUCAUUCAUUCAUAGAGUUCUUUGUAAUGUUUUCACACUCACGUCUUAACCUUUUCACAUUUCAAAUAUGUUCACGAAUCCACCUCCGGUGUCAAAACAAAUUUGGUUGGGUUUCAAAAAUUGUUGAUAUACACUGCUUUGUCUACUUAUAAGGGUUCUUUUCUUCAUGCAAGAAGUGUGGAUAGUUGUGUACAUUUAUCCGAGCUGUUCAAAGAUGCUUAAUUGUUCAAUUAGGAAGCUGUUUGGAGCUAUUCUGAGGCUGUUGGGCUAUUUGAAACAGAUUUUUUAUUGUUCAAACUUAUUUUUGAUGUUCAUCAUAUAAUUUUUCAAAUUUUUUUGUGCUUAUUUUUAGUAUGACUCGGUGGUCGUUUGGUCCUAAUUCUUAGUGCGUAUGAUGAUGUUUUUAUUUUUGAUGUUAGGUUUGUUGAAGAAUUAGUUGCUGCUAAACAAAUGGAUAUCUUUGACAAAUGGAUGAGAUUUUUAAGUGUUCCUACAACCAAUGGAGAGUUGCAGUCUAGGGAGGAAGGAGAUAGAGCAAGGAGCAAGAGGAGGGAGUGCCACUUCAGCAGAGGAGGUGGUGGUCCAGUCAGCAGAGGUGGGUCCGUGAGUGCCACGUCAGCAGUUUGUGGGUCCGAGUGCCACGUCAUCAUCCAGUCAGCACCACGUCAGCGAGUCCAGUCAUCAGUGGGUCCCAUUGUCACGUCAGCAGCUGCUGUGAGUGUUGAGAAAGGGAGGAAGAAGAAGAGUGACCAACUUGGGAGAAGAUCUCAGCUGAGAGACAUGAGCACUGUUAGGUGCUAUUACUGUGAAAAGUUGGGUCACACGAAGAACGGUUGUCCAGAACUCAAGGAGGACUUGCAGAUCCUAAAGGAGAAGAAGGGCAAAUCGAAGGAAGCUUCUUUCGCAAAUGUGAUCACUUAUGAAGAUGAUCUCCUCUGAAGAUAAGACAACUAAGGAGGAAGAAAACACAAUUAUGCUCCAUGGUUUAUGUUAAGGAAGAAGAAGAAGGAGCAAGAAAAUCAUCCAAAAUUUCCAAGUUUUGAGUCCAAAAACACAGCAGUCCACUUUGAGAAUCCACAAAAUCAAACGGUUUGCAAUUCCGUGAAGAAACGAUGGAGAUAUGCCCAAAAUACCACAGGCUGUCCAUUUAUGACGGAAAUGACAAAGUUGGCGAAUUUCGAUGUUGUUUUCACUCCCGCUCAUCCGUAAGGUUUCGGACGAUGAUUUCCAGAUUGGACAUUUUGAACUCAUUAUAUCAUACAAGAAGAAUGAUGAGAGUUGAAGCAUGGAAAAUCAUUGACUGUGGAGUUACUAUGAACUUACAUUGCUUCACAAGACAUUUGAAACAAUUUUCUGCCGUAACAAAUGUCUUAGAAAAUCUUUGGGCCAAGGUGGAGAAAAUAAAGGAGUUCUCUGAAAUACAAUCAUAAAUAGAGAAGAAAAGCAAUGAGAUCUCUUGGAAUAAUGACUAGGUGGACCAUUUGAUAGUGAAUAAAACUUAUAACAGUUUCAUGCUCACUUGCAAGAACUUCAAAACAAAAAGGCUUCAAGAGAAUGGCUUUUCAAAGAGUACAAAGAGGUACAGAAGGAGAAGGCAGUAGAUCAGACAUAAUCCAAUAUCUUUUAGUGGACUGCUCUUAUAAUGGGUCCAUCUGAAAUUUCAUUUAAAGGUGAGAGGAUGGAGGUCGUUGUGUACAAUUACUCUCUUCUCUCUGUAAUGGUCGGUUUGGGAAUCUGCACUUCUCUGUGAGAGGUUGGAGUCAAUGACAUGAUUCAUUAUAUUCGAUGAUGUUGCAGAGAAGAUGAUAAGACAAUCUACCAUGACUGAACGAUAUGCAAGAGAAAAUGGAAGUGGCUGAAUAUUCUGAAGAACUGCCUGCUAUUAUUGGUAACCU